AGUCAAACUCAUUCAUCCUUCUUGUCUCUUUCUGAUCUCACUCAAUCACUCUCACCAACUUUCUGUGGCUCAUGGCAGAGGAAAUCAGGUUCUUCGAGCUCAACACCGGAGCGAAGAUACCAUCGGUCGGUCUCGGAACGUGGCAGUCUGAUCCUGGUCUUGUCGGAAACGCUGUAGAAGCCGCCGUUAAGAUCGGGUAUCGCCACAUUGAUUGUGCUCAAAUCUAUGGCAACGAAAAGGAGAUAGGGUUAGUCCUGAAGAAACUGUUUGAUGAUGGAGUUGUUAAGCGUGAGGAAAUCUUCAUCACAUCCAAACUCUGGUGUACUUAUCAUGAUCCUCACGAUGUCCCAGACGCUCUUAACAGAACUCUACAGGAUCUACAGCUUGACUAUGUCGAUUUGUACCUCAUCCAUUGGCCUGUUAGUCUCAAGAAAGGUUCUACUGAUUUCAAGCCAGAGAACAUUCUGCCGACUGAUAUUCCUAGCACAUGGAAAGCAAUGGAAGCACUCUUUGAUUCGGGAAAGGCACGAGCCAUAGGUGUAAGCAACUUCUCAACCAAGAAGCUAGCAGUUCUCUUGGAGGUGGCUCGUGUCCCUCCAGCUGUUAACCAGGUGGAGUGUCACCCUUCUUGGCAACAAACCGUGCUCAGAGAUUUCUGCAAAUCCAAAGGCGUUCACCUCUCUGGUUACUCUCCGUUGGGUUCUCCAGGGACAACUUGGCUCACGAGUGAUGUUCUGAAGAACCCGAUUCUAGGCACGGUUGCUGAGAAGCUAGGCAAGACUCCUGCUCAAGUUGCUUUACGCUGGGGUCUCCAAAUGGGUCAAAGUGUGCUUCCAAAGAGCACACAUGAAGACAGGAUCAAACAGAACUUCGAUGUUUUCAGCUGGUCCAUACCCGAUGACAUGUUAUCCAUGUUUUCUGAGAUUGAACAGGGAAGGUUGGUGAGAGGCAUGUCUUUUGUUCAUGAGACGAGUCCUUAUAAGAGUCUUGAACAGCUUUGGGACGGUGAGAUAUGAUAUGAGACUCUAUCAUCAUCGGAUCAUCAUAUGCCCAAAUCAUUCACGGGUUCGUGAAAGAUGUCAGUUUGUUGUUAGUACUGCAAACUUGUUUCUUUCGGAGAGGUACAAGAUUUCUCUAAUCGUCCUCCCUACGUUUUCAAAUCUUCAAUAAAUAAAAAGACACUUCUACUCCA